AUGGGUUUAACAAUUUCAUCACUUUUUCAACAAUUAUUUGGUAAAAAACAAAUGCGUAUAUUAAUGGUUGGUCUUGAUGCAGCUGGUAAAACAACUAUACUUUAUAAACUUAAAUUAGGUGAAAUUGUAACAACAAUUCCAACAAUUGGUUUUAAUGUUGAAACAGUUGAAUAUAAAAAUAUUAGUUUUACUGUUUGGGAUGUUGGUGGUCAAGAUAAAAUUCGUCCAUUAUGGAGACAUUAUUUUCAAAAUACACAAGGUCUUAUUUUUGUAGUUGAUAGUAAUGAUCGUGAACGUAUUGGUGAAGCACGUGAAGAACUUCAACGAAUGCUUUCAGAAGAUGAACUUCGAGAUGCUAUUUUACUUAUUUUUGCUAAUAAGCAAGAUUUACCAAAUGCAAUGAAUGCUGCCGAAAUAACAGAUAAAUUAGGUCUUCAUUCAUUACGUAAUCGUAAUUGGUAUAUACAAGCAGCAUGUGCUACAAGUGGUGAUGGUCUUUAUGAAGGUCUUGAUUGGUUAUCGAAUCAAUUGAAAAAUGUGAAAUAA